GAAAAUAAGCGAGAGAUAAAAUUCAAAGAAGAAGAAGAAAACGAUCUGGUUCCGAGCCCGAGACCUCUCGUCCCUUCAAUUUCCCCAAAUCCAAUCCCAAAUUUCUGUCGAGAUAGAGAACGAACGGGAUGGAUUUUACUUUUACCUUUACGUUGACGAAAAAGUUAAGCUUGGAGAGAGAAUGAACACGUAGUGGAAUUUUGUCCGUGUUCCCAACGAAGGACCAGGAAGAGAACACGAUACUCACCUUCAGUUUUCUUCUUCAUCAUAUUGUUUUCUCCUCCGAUUUUCCCGUCAAUCUUGUUUCCCGUGAUUCUCGUGGAGUUUCCCCUCUGGGUUCGAUGUCGAGCGAAGCUUCUUCUCCGGGGUUACGUGUGUUCGGGUUGGGCACAGUCGAAGAUUAUAGCCUUGUCAGUGAAGCAGACCACUCGUUGCCUUUAGAUAUACACAAUCAGGUUUUCCAACUCGUGGAGAAAGGAAACCAAUCAUUCAAAGAGUCCCGUUUUGAGGAGGCAAUUAGUAGCUAUUCAAGAGCCAAUUCUGUUAAGCCUUUUGAUCCUAUUGUUUUAAGCAACAGAAGUGCUGCAUAUGUAAGUCUUGGUCAAUUCCUGAAACAAAGGUCUGCAUCGGUUUCUGAAUAUAGACCUCUGAAUGGAUUUGAUGUGACGAUGCUCGGGGAACUUGCUCUUAAGGAUGCUGACAAGCUAAUGAAUCUGAGGAACAGUUCAGUAAAGUCUUAUAUUAUAAAGGCCAGUGCUCUGAUGUUGCUAGAAAGAUAUGAAAUGGCACGUGAUGCUAUCCUCUUAGGCCUUCAGAUUGAUCCCUUUAGCGAUCCUCUCCGAUCGAAUCUUCAGGAAUUGGAGAAGGCUCUACCCGGUCUGAUGAGUAAAACCCAUGGAAAGACAGAGCGGUCCGAUGACUUCGACUGCACCCUUUGUCUGAAAUUGCUAUAUGAGCCUGUUACAACUUCAUGUGGGCAUACAUUCUGCAGAUCUUGUCUUUUUCAGUCAAUGGAUCGAGGUAACAAAUGCCCACUGUGUCGAACUGUACUUUUCAUCACUCCAAGAACAUGUGCUGUGAGCGUGACACUCAACAACGUUAUACAAAAAAACUUUCCGGAUGAAUAUGCUGAAAGGAAGUCAGAGCAGAAUACUUUGACCCACAUGGGAAAUGAUACAAUGCCUCUUUUUGUCAUGGAUGUGAUCAUCCCUUGCCAGAAGUUGUCACUUCACAUAUUUGAACCAAGAUACAGGCUAAUGGUGAGAAGAAUAAUGGAAGGAAAUCAUCGGAUGGGGAUGGUAGCUCUCGAUCCUGCAACAGGUUCUCCAUUUGAUUUUGCUUGUGAAGUUGAGAUCACAGAGUGUGAUCCACUCCCAGAUGGGCGCUUUGUUCUUGAGCUUGAAAGCCGCAGAAGGUGCCACAUUUUAAAAUCUUGGGAUCAAGAUGGGUAUCGUGUGGCAGAGGUUGAAUGGGUGACGGAUAUACCACCGCAAACCGACCAGGGCAAAACAGAUUUAUGCGAACUGGCAGACAGUGCAGCCGGAUUUGCUCGGUCAUGGCUGCAGAGAGCAAAGGAAGCAGCUAGACAAGGAGAUAGGAGAAGGCUCGAAAUACUUCUGAAUGUUGAAUCUAUGAUACCGACACCUCAAGAUCCAGAGCGAUUCAGUUUCUGGCUUGUUACCUUGACGGAUCGAAGACCUUCGGAAAGAUUGGAACUUUUACGCCUCCAAGAUACUGGAGAGAGAAUAAGGCGCGGACUGAUAUAUCUUCGAUCAGAAGAACGCGGAUGCAGAAUGCAAUAAAACUGGCCUGGAAACUUCGUAGAACGGUACAAGAAAACUGGAAUCUGUUCAGAAGAAGCAGAGUGUUCUUUGGAGAGAAACAGAGUAUGAAAGAAACUGAAUGAAGAAAUCCAUGUAAAAUAUAUAUUAUGGAUGAUGAUGAAAGCUUUAAAGAUCUAACAAAAGCGCUAUUUAUUUGUUGGAAGGAAAGAUUCACAUGAAUGAUCGUCUUUGGAUCCAUUGUAAUAUUAUUCAUGCCUUAUUGUAAUUUACCAUAUUGACUGUUUUCAGAGAAACUGAAAUUCUUUGA